GAUUUUCAUUUGAUGUUGCCAUGCCGCCCGAAACCAAAUCCACUUCUGCCGAGAAAGAAAAUUAUUCUCCGAAUGGUAGUUUGUCCCCUGAUUUGAUGUCACAUGCUGAUGACAACAUGUCAGAUAAACUUUUCAGUAAAGGUGAACAUGCCUUCGAAAGUAAAUCAGCAUACACUCAUAGUGAAGAUGAAUCAGGCAAAAGUCCAUCUAGCAGUCCAGCAAGACAUACAGCAUUCGAAAGUCCAUCUCGAGAAUAUUCAGAUAACCAUUUCAAAAAGAGCCCCAAAGCAGAUGCGAAAACCCAUAGAAGUUUUGAUGAGCCAUCCUGGGGUACCUUUGACAAUAAUGAUGAUGUAAAUUCGGUGUGGGGUUUCAACCCUAGUAAUCCCAAGGUAAGUUUGGCUAUUUUAAAUGCACAUUUUUGUCCCUCAUUAUACUUGAGAAACUUGGUAAUCAGCAAGUGA